GUCCUCCAGUAUCCCAGAAUCCUCUCUGUUGCCAACGGCUCUCUGAUUCACAACAGUCUCGCCGAUAAAGUCCUACUAUAACAUGAUAUCUGUGUAAUUUAUACUAUUAUUUAGGUUCUGGAUGAUUCGUAGUGUUGUCAGAUAGUUUAGUCGGUGAGACUAACGGAUUCGGUGGUGUGAUGUGUGUUUAGACUGUGAACCGGAGAAACCUCUGCAAGAGAGACGCUAACUCGGUUAGCCUGACGAGCUAUCCAACGUCAACUACUAUCAACCAAACAUCAAAGUUGUAUUUCAAAAAUAUAUAUAUAUUAUUAGUGCUUAGCUAACUCGGUUAGCCUGACGAGCUAUCCAACGUCAACUACUAUCAACCAAACAUCAAAGUUGUAUUUAAAUAUAUAUAUAUUAUUAGUGCUUAGCUAACUCGGUUAGCCUGACGAGCUAUCCAACGUCAACUACUAUCAACCAAACAUCAAAGUUGUAUUUAAAUAUAUAUAUAUUAUUAGUGCUUAGCUAACUCGGCUAGUGAUGCAGUUAACCAGGGCAUGGAUGGUUAGCUUGUAGCGUUCAGAUUCGGCUACUGGAGACGACGUGUGGACAGACACGGACGCAGCGCGUUACCCAGCUGUUAAGGGUAUAUGCUACAGCUUGUGGAUAAAGUCACACGUUUCACUCUACGUAGGAAUCCUAACGGGUACAUUUAACUUUAAAAUGUAGGUAGCUAAGCAGGGAAAUAUCUAGGCCGUAAGACAAGAUCACUGGUAACAUUGUUGUUGACCCAACAUCCCCAUAGUAGGCUAACUGAGAUUAAUCUCAGCCCUACCUACAAUUUAGGCAGCUCCAUUGUUCAAAGUGGGGAGUUGAAUCAACUGACACUGUGUCCAGGUACGUCAUGUUGUUGAACCGGUCUAGUCUGGGGACAAGACUGCAAUAAAGUCUUAGAGGGCUCCUGUUCCUGACCCCCGGCCCCCUAGAAGGUGGUCCCUACUGAGAUGAAGUUGCGUGUUUGUCUGAGGGAGAGCGGAGGAUUAGGUCAGGAACAGGAGGAAUCCCUCCCUUUGUCGCAGUCUGUCUCGGCCGAGGCGUCUCCAAACUCUUAAGACUGGUAUCUGCCUAGGACCGGUUCUACAACAUAACUUACCUGGACAGGUGCCUCAUUUGCUUCUGCUUCCUCUGCAUACAGGAGUGGAACAACAACAAGAUAGUCUCUAGGUGUCCGCUGUGUAAGCAGCCCUUCUCUCUCAAACCUCCUGUACCCGGAGAAAACAGGACCGCAGCUGCCAUGGUGACCACCAGAGCAGGUGGUAACCAUGGAGAGUGAAAGAGGAGGAAGGGGAGGGAGAGGAGACAGUCAGGACGAAGGUGGGAAAGGGUGGGAACUCCUCUUCUACCCCGGCCAGAGGAUGGAGGGAUCGAUGGACAGUGGGAGCUGGCAGUGUUCCACGGCUCAUUGGUCAACAUCGUCCAACGUAUCAUCACCUCGCCAAUCGCACGCCGUGAUAGGGAGGGGGCGGGGUCAUCCAGGAUGAACUCCACCCCUUUCCAGCUGGCACGGUUGGACCACUUCUUCCACGAGCUGGAAGCCUUUGACCAGCUGGCCAUCUACGACCCUCCGGCGCCGACCUACGAGGACGGUAUGACAUCAUCAACCAGUGACACUGACCUCUCUGUCACCUCCAUCUACGACCCUCCGGCGCCGACCUACGAGGACGGUAUGACAUCAUCAACCAGUGACACUGACCUCUCUGUCACCUCCAUCUACGACCCUCCGGCGCCGACCUACGAGGACGGUAUGACAUCAUCAACCAGUGACACUGACCUCUCUGUCACCUCCAUCUACGACCCUCCGGCGCCGACCUACGAGGACGGUAUGACAUCAUCAACCAGUGACACUGACCUCUCUGUCACCUCCAUCUACGACCCUCCGGCGCCGACCUACGAGGACGGUAUGACAUCAUCAACCAGUGACACUGACCUCUCUGUCACCUCCAUCUCAGAGGAAGAGAUAUUGUUUUGUUACUACUUUUGGGAUGAGCUUCCAGUUGGCUCAUCUAUCCCCCCCUCCUCCUCCUCCUCCUCUCCCCUGGAACUAUUCCCCAGGUCGUUGAGGUCGUUGAGGUCGUUGGGGUAAAAGAGAAUGUGUUCUCAGUCAUCUGACCUGGGCAAAUAAAUCAAUAAAAUAAUAUAUUUUUUAGUCUGGGUCCUAUAUGGCAGCCUAUUCCCUAUUAAGUGCUCUACUGCCUGUGUAGUCCACUGUGUGGUCCACUGUGUAGUCCACUGUGUAGUUCACUGUGUAGUCCAACGUGUGGUCCACUGUGUAGUCCGCUGUGUGGUCCACUGUGUAGUUCACUGUGUAGUUCACUGUGUGGUCCACUGUGUAGUUCACUGUGUGGUCCACUGUGUAGUUCACUGUGUGGUCCACUGUGUGGUCCACUGUAGUUCACUGUAGUCCACUGUGUAGUUCACUGUGUAGUUCACUGUAGUUCACUGUAGUUCACUGUGUGGUCCACUGUGUAGUUCACUGUGUAGUUCACUGUGUGGUCCACUGUGUAGUUCACUGUGUAGUCCACUGUGUAGUUCACUGUGUAGUCCACUGUGUAGUCCACUGUGUAGUCCACUGUGUAGUCCACUGUGUAGUUCACUGUGUAGUCAAAUGUGUAGUUCACUGUAGUUCAUUGUAGUCCACUGUGUAGUUCACUGUAGUUCAUUGUAGUCCACUGUGUAGUUCACUGUAGUUCAUUGUAGUCCACUGUGUAGUUCACUGUAGUUCAUUGUAGUCCACUGUGUAGUUCACUGUAGUUCAUUGUAGUCCACUGUGUAGUUCACUGUAGUUCAUUGUAGUCCACUGUGUAGUUCACUGUAGUUCAUUGUAGUCCACUGUGUAGUUCACUGUAGUUCAUUGUAGUCCACUGUGUAGUUCACUGUAGUUCAUUGUAGUCCACUGUGUAGUUCACUGUAGUUCAUUGUAGUCCACUGUGUAGUUCAAUGUGUAGUUCACUGUGUAGUUCAUUGUAGUCCACUGUGUAGUUCAAUGUGUAGUUCACUGUGUAGUUCAUUGUAGUCCACUGUGUAGUUCACUGUAGUUCAUUGUAGUCCACUGUGUAGUUCACUGUAGUUCAUUGUAGUCCACUGUGUAGUUCACUGUAGUUCAUUGUAGUCCACUGUGUAGUUCACUGUAGUUCAUUGUAGUCCACUGUGUAGUUCACUGUGUAGUUCACUGUGUAGUUCAUUGUAGUCCACUGUGUAGUUCACUGUAGUUCAUUGUAGUCCACUGUGUAGUUCACUGUAGUUCAUUGUAGUCCACUGUGUAGUUCACUGUAGUUCAUUGUAGUCCACUGUGUAGUUCACUGUAGUUCAUUGUAGUCCACUGUGUAGUUCACUGUAGUUCAUUGUAGUCCACUGUGUAGUUCACUGUAGUUCAUUGUAGUCCACUGUGUAGUUCACUGUAGUUCAUUGUAGUCCACUGUGUAGUUCACUGUAGUUCAUUGUAGUCCACUGUGUAGUUCACUGUAGUUCAUUGUAGUCCACUGUGUAGUUCACUGUAGUCCACUGUGUAGUUCACUGUGUAGUUCACUGUAGUUCAUUGUAGUUCACUGUAGUUCAUUGUAGUUCACUGUAGUUCAUUGUAGUCCACUGUAGGGAAUAGGCUGCCAUUUGGGACUAUACCUUAUAGUUGCUGCACUGUUUGAGAGGAGAGCUGGCAGGGAAGUGUUACAUUAUACUGUGUACACUAUGCUGUUCUGUUCAUAUGACCAUUAUCUCUAUAUCUAUCUAUAUCUAUCUCUAUCUAUAUCUAGGAAGUGUUACAUUAUACUGUGUACACUAUGCUGUUCUGUUCAUAUGACCAUCUGCCUCUAUCUAUCUAGGAAGAGGAGGGUGGUUCGGAGGGACGGAAAGAGAGAGACAGCAGCAGGAAGUAGCUCAUUGUCGGUAACAGGAAGUAGGAGUGGAAGAGAGGAGCCGAGAGGAGCCGG